CUGCCCUCACAACCGUAAUAACCUCCUCCCCUACAAAUAGCCUCCCAACCAAGGCCAGCACAGCACAGCACAGCACACCACAGCACAGAGCAAUAGCCAUAGCCAGCAGCAAUGGAGAUAGAGUCGGUCAAGUGUGAGUGCUGUGGCCUGAGGGAAGACUGCACCCAGGACUACAUUGCGAGCGUGAGAGCCAGCUUCUACGGCCAGUGGCUGUGCGGGCUGUGCUGCGAGGCCGUGAGGGACGAGGCCGGCAGGAAGAAGGCUCACCCCGGCGUGGAGGAGGCCGUGCGGGCGCACAUGGCGUUCUGCAAGAAGUUCAAGUCCAACCCCGCCGUCCGGGUCGCCGACGGCAUGCGCCAGAUGCUCCGCAGGCGGUCCGGUGACUUGUCCAAGCCGUCGGGCUCCUCCUCCAACAAGUACAGCACUGCGCAGGUCGGAGAUGAUUCAUCCGUGUCGCUAUAUUGAGGAGUACACCAUUACCAUUCUAUGGCUUGUAGACCGACCGCCUAGUGCUUUUCUCAGGCUUGAAUCUCCUGUUUCUUUUGUCGUUUUUGGCAUAUAUUCUUACGAUGGCAAGAAGUUAGAAUGUACAGAAAGUCAUAAAUUGCUUCGAAAUGAAUGCUAAUAGUGCUUGGCUUUGAUA